AAAAAAAAAAAAAUUGUUAAAAAAAUGUCACAACUUCAAAAUAUUAUCAAUAACGAGGGGGAAUCUGGAUGGGAUACAUUAUGGCAAAAGGAUAUAACUCCGUGGGAUUUUGGUGAUUCUUCACCAGCUUUGAAACAAUUAAUUGAAGAAAAAAAGUUUCCUUUACCUGAAGGACGUGGAUUGGUACCAGGAUGUGGAAAAGGAUUCGAUGUAUAUUACUUAUCGAGCGAAAAAAGGCAUGUUACAGGAUUAGAUAUAAGUCAAACCUUAAUUGACCAAGUUCAAAAAGAACAAAAAGAACUUAACGUUCCCGAUUCUAAAGUAACAUUCCAACAAGGAAAUUUCUUUGAUCUUAAUCCACCAGAAGAAAAAUAUCAAUUCAUUUAUGAUUAUACGUUCAUGUGUGCUAUUCCACCUCAUUUACGUCCGAAAUGGGCUUCAAAAAUGGCAGAAUUAAUUUCUUCUGGUGGUAUAUUAAUUGCAUUAAUGUUUCCCAUAAGUAAUCAUACAGAUGGACCUCCAUAUGCUCUCAGUACUGAAAUAUACCAAGAAUUAUUGGGAGAAAAUUUUAUUAGAGAGUACUUUGAUGAAAAUCCAAACAGCUUUGAAAGAAGAAAGGGAAAGGAACAUAUGUCAGUAUGGAGAAGAAAAUAAUAAAUUAUAUACAGUAUAUAUGUAUAUAUGAAUAUAUAUAUAUA